AUGGCCACUUUCCUGCGGCUGGCCUUCCUCGCGCCCGGCCUCGCCUUCGCCUUCGCCUCUGCGCCGGCGGAAGUGGUCCCGGCGCUGCGGGCGGAGGCCGCCGCGCUGAUCCGGAGAUUUCAGGAGGCGAAGGCACUGGAGGACCCACUCUACCGGCAGCUGCAAGAGCUAGCAAACGGCAGCGCGGAAGGAGAACACGCCGGCAUCACAGAAGAGAAGGAGAUAGACGCGGAAGAGGAGGAGGAGGAGUUCACGCCGGUUGACGUUGGCUGCAGCUGGACACUGAUGGGCUCACUCUUCUUCACUAUGGUGAUGUUUUAUUUCGUGAACUACCCCGACUUCGACAUCAAGAGGUACACCUGGUCCAUCAUCACUACCACCAUCUCGGUAUUCACUGCCGUUUUGACCUUUCAGGCCGUUGAUGCUGUGGUGCUGCGAUUCAUCGUGACACCCAUCCUGCACAAGUUUCCAGUGGAAGUGCAGGACUAUGCCAAGCCUGCAGUGGGCUUCCUGAUUUUUCUGAUCUGGUACGCCGUGGCGCUCUUUGCAAUUGCCAUGGCAGCAAGCCUAUUCAAGACAUCCGAUCCCAGCUGGAAGGGUCACGACUGGGUGAUCUUGGAUGAUGCGCUACGGGGUGACCAUGGCGAAGCUGUGGAGAGGCAGCAGUUGCUCCAAGGCUGCCGCUCUAAGGGCAUCGCGGAGGUGGAGGGCGUGGAGGUCUUCGUGUCCAGCCGGCCCACGGUGAAAGAAAAGUUCGAGCGGCGGACCAAGUGCUGGGCCAUGCUGUACGCGCACAUGUCCGCCUUCGCCAUGAUCAGUGCCGGCGGGGAUUUGCAAAAUGCCAAGCCCUUCGUCACGAACCCAGCCUUCUCCUGGCUGGCAAUCGGCUUGUGCGUCCUCUUCCUGCUGCUGGUUUUCAGCAUCACAGCGAUCAAGUACACUCAAUUGGAAGAAACGGAAGCUGGGCGCCUCUUCGUCGAGGAGAGCCGCGAUGCGGAGGACGACGUCUUUUGCGUGGCCAUCUCAUUCUUGGUCGUGCAGUCUGCGCGGUUUACCAUUACAGGCGUGCUGCCAAGCAAGCUGGGGCUAUACCACGAACUGGCCUUGGAAUCUCAUCAAAGCCUCGCGUUAUAUGGCGUGGGCGUGCUGCUUGCAGUGCUCAUGACGAUUUGUGCGUUGACUUUGCCCCGGUCUCGCGGGAAAGACCUGGUGGUCGGCUGCUGCUCCAUGGGCUUCGCGUGGGCUUUUCUCUUCGCCACCCGGUGCUUGUUCGACUCCUGGCCGCUGCUUCAGAAGCACAACAUCUCGCCGGUGACCAUCGAAGGCCGGGUGCUCUUGGCCAUGACGCUGUCCCUUUUUACCUGCGGCUUCAUCAUCGUCCUGGACAAGGUCGAGGACGCGCUGCGAGAAGACGGGGAGGACAAGCUCUAUAAGCUCGUGAAGAACAUCAUCACGGCUCUGAGCAUUCUCGUUGGAUUUACCUGGGAGCAUACCUUUGACGGCUGUGUGGAAGCGAUUUCUUCCUUAUGGGAGGAUGCCCUUGGAGUAAAGCUGAUCCUGACAUUUCUCAUUACCCUCGUGGUGAUUCCAGCUUGGAGGAAGUACAUUCUCGCCAAAGUUGUUGAGAUCGAAAAGCUCGACCGUGAACGAAAGGAGGCUGCGCGACAUGAGUCAAGCCGGUUCAGUCAAGAAACUUCCAGCGAAGAAGAAGCCACUGCCCGAUUGCUUUGCUGA